CUGAGCACACAAAAACUGAGAUCCUUUUCUUCUUUCUUUGCUGGUUUAUAAAUUUCUUCUUAGUGUUCCCGUCUUGAUAGUGGAAGAACCUGUUGAAUCUUGGGAGAUAUCACCAUCAAUGGUAAAUAUCUUGAGUGACAGACUUUUUGUGAAUUAAUCCUGCAGCUGUUCCAUUUUUCAUUAAUAUCUCCAACGAUAAUUACUAGAGUUAGUUUGCUGGGUCAAGUUGCUUGGAAAGCAGGAACACAGUUAAAGCGCUAACACAUCCAGAACUAAUUAUGGCAAGUUUGAUGAUGAAGUUGCUAGUCAUAGGCUUAAUUGCUGCUGGAUCAAUAUCACUUUCUCUUGGAGCUGAGGCUGAACAACUGACUUCAGAAGAGGGAAGGAAAGAGAAAUUUGAUUCUGUGCACAGCAAAAACAUUCAUCCAAGGAGGACUAGCAACUCCGAUCAUCAACAAUUUGAGCCAAACCUUCACAUGGCUGCAGAUUCGAGCACAAUUGAUGGUAAUCUUCAAUCUAGCUCACACCAAAUUGUUGAUGGAGACUUUAGAAAGAUUCACCCUGUAAGAAUAUUGAUAGAUAGCAAGUGCUCUUCUUCUCCGAAUGCUCGUCAAUGUGCAAUCGAAGAAGGUUGUCACAACCCAAAAUUUUGA